GUUCGGUCAGGGCUUGAGAUGUCUCACCGAAAGUUUUCAGCCCCCCGACAUGGUUCCCUGGGCUUCUUGCCCCGCAAGCGUUCCAAGAGACAUCGUGGCAAAGUGAAGAGCUUCCCUAAGGAUGACCAGAGCAAGCCCAUUCACCUGACUGCCUUCCUGGGCUACAAGGCUGGCAUGACCCACAUUGUCCGGGAGGUGGACAGGCCUGGUUCUAAGGUGAAUAAGAAAGAAGUUGUGGAAGCAGUUACUGUGGUUGAAACACCUCCCAUGGUAAUAGUUGGUAUUGUUGGCUACGUCCAGACUCCCCGUGGUCUGCGCAGUUUGAAGACCAUCUUUGCUGAGCACAUCAGUGAUGAAUGCAAGAGGCGCUUUUACAAGAACUGGUACAAAUCCAAGAAGAAGGCAUUCACAAAGUACUGCAAGAAAUGGCAGGAUGACGAGGGCAAGAAGCAGCUGGAGAAGGACUUUGCCAGCAUGAAAAAGUACUGCCAAGUCAUCAGGGUUAUUGCCCAUACACAGAUGCGCCUGCUUCCCCUGCGCCAGAAGAAAUCUCACCUCAUGGAAAUUCAAGUGAACGGAGGUACAGUAGCUGAGAAGGUCGACUGGGCCCGUGAGAAAUUGGAGCAGCAGGUUGCAAUCACAGGAGUGUUCGGGCAGGAUGAAAUGAUUGAUGUGAUUGGUGUCACUAAAGGAAAGGGCUACAAAGGUGUAACUAGCCGCUGGCACACAAAGAAGCUGCCCCGUAAGACUCAUAGAGGUCUUCGUAAGGUGGCUUGUAUUGGAGCUUGGCAUCCUGCCCGUGUGGCCUUCUCAGUAGCCCGUGCUGGACAGAAGGGAUACCACCACCGCACAGAGAUCAAUAAGAAGAUUUACAAAAUUGGCCAGGGCUACCAUUCAAAGGAUGGUAAACUUGUCAAGAACAACGCUUCAACAGACUACGAUCUGUCAGACAAGAGCAUCAACCCUCUGGGUGGGUUUGUUCACUAUGGUGAGGUGAAAAACGACUUUGUCAUGUUGAAAGGCUGUGUUAUUGGGACCAAGAAGAGAGUGCUCACACUGCGCAAGUCCCUCCUUGUGCAAACCAGUCGCCGUGCCCUGGAGAAGAUUGAUCUUAAAUUUAUUGAUACAACCUCCAAGUUUGGGCAUGGUCGUUUCCAGACAGCAGAGGAAAAGAAGGCUUUCAUGGGACCACUCAAGAAGGACCGCUUGGCAAAAGAGGAAACUGCAUGAAUAUGAACUUUGUUCCUGUUUGUCUGAGAUACUACAGUUUUAUCUGUGAGCUCUUAAUAAAAAUAACAUCUAAAAAUUA